AUGUUACAGAUGAAUCCGUUGUGGAGUUGUGUUAUUGUGGUUCUGGCAGCCAUUAUUGGGGUCACCGCCAUUCAGGGACCCCAGGAGGAUUAUAGUAAGUAUGGUGUUUAUAGGUUCACUUCUGAGGACAGCUCUGCGUUGUUUAGGGACGUGAUCGCACCUUUAACUGACGAUUAUGAUGUAUGGACGAGGAGUAAUAAAUUCAUUGAUAUUAAGUUACCUAAAGACAUAGGUGAGCAGGUAAAGGAAGGACGUCUGAUCAUAGAUGACAUGAACCAACUAAUACAAGAUACGAUGCCUAAUAGACAUUUAAUGGCACAUGAUCAGGCAGUGUUUGAGAAUUUGCAGGAGUUUUUCUUCAACGAGUAUAGAGAUUUGGAUACCGUUUAUAUGUGGUUGGAUCUUUUGGAACGAAGCUUCCCUAAUUUAGUUAAACUGGAACAUUUGGGGAAAACGUUUGAAGGAAGAGAACUAAAGGCUCUGCAUAUAUCUGGCAACAAGCCCGAAACCAAUCCAGAAAAAAAGACCAUUAUUGUUACAGGUGGAAUCCACGCCAGAGAGUGGAUCAGUGUAAGCACAGUCUGUUGGACGAUUUAUCAAUUGUUGACCAAAUAUGGUUCGUCCAAAAAGGAGACUAAGUAUCUGGACGAUUUGGACUUUUUGGUUAUACCUGUUUUCAAUCCAGAUGGAUACGCAUACACGUGGUCUAAUGAUAGGUUAUGGCGCAAGAACCGUCAAAAGACUCAUGUUCCCCAAUGUUACGGGAUCGACAUCGACCAUUCUUUUGAUUUCCAAUGGGAAAAGGCACAUACUCAUGCAUGUAGUGAAGAAUAUAGCGGGGAAACGCCUUUCGAAGCUUGGGAGGCAUCCGCCUGGAACGAGUACAUCAAUGGAGCUAAAGGAAAUUACAAGAUUUAUGGCUACAUUGACAUGCAUUCGUAUGCGCAGGAGAUUCUGUACCCCUACGCAUAUUCAUGCGACGCCUUGCCUAGAGAUUUGGAAAACCUGUUGGAAUUAUCAUAUGGGCUAUCCAAGGCAAUACGUUCAAAAUCAGGUAGAAUUUACGAUGUAAUUUCCGCAUGUAAGGACCGUGGUUCCGACAUAUUCCCCGGGCUUGGUGCGGGCUCCGCCUUGGACUACAUGUACCAUCAUAGAGCUCAUUGGGCAUUCCAACUGAAGUUAAGAGACACAGGAAACCAUGGGUUCUUACUGCCUCCAGAAAACAUCAAGCCCGUGGGUAAAGAAGCAUAUGCGGCCUUGAAGUACUUCUGUGAUUUUUUACUAGAUCCAGAAAUAUAA